GUGAUCUAACUCUAUACAGCCCAUCUUCUACGUGCAAAAAAAAAAAAAAAAAAAAAAAAGCGGGCAGAGGACGGCCAGAUCUCCUACUGAAAACAAGUGGAUCUCUGUGGAUAAGAUCGCCGGGCAGCCAUGGAAGAACUUACAGCUUUUGUAUCCAAAUCUUUUGACCAGAAAAGCAAAGAGAGCAGCAGCAGCAGUAGCAGCAGCAGCAAGAAGGAGACUAUCACGUACAGGGAAGUUUUGGAGAGUGGGUUGGCUCGAUCUAGGGAGCUUGGAAACUCUGACACUAACCUGCAGGACAUUACUGAAAGCAGCAACCAUUGCCCGGUGCAUCUUUUCAAGGACCACGUAGAGAGUGACAAGGACAAACUGAAAGAGUUCAGCACGGGCAGGACUUCGGAAGGGAUCUACGAGUGCAAAGAGAAGAGGGAAGACGUGAAGUCAGAAGAUGAAGAUGGACAGACCAAGCUCAAACAGAGGAGAAGCAGAACCAAUUUCACACUAGAGCAGCUGAAUGAGCUGGAAAGACUUUUUGAUGAAACUCACUAUCCAGAUGCCUUCAUGAGGGAGGAACUAAGCCAGAGGCUGGGACUCUCUGAAGCUAGAGUUCAGGUCUGGUUCCAGAACAGGAGAGCGAAGUGCCGAAAGCAGGAGAAUCAGAUGCAUAAAGGUGUGAUCCUGGGAACUGCCAGCCAUUUAGACGCCUGCCGAGUGGCCCCUUAUGUGAAUAUGGGAGCCCUGAGGAUGCCUUUCCAACAGGUAGUCCAAGCGCAGCUGCAGCUGGAAGGCGUGGCCCACGCCCACCCCCACCUCCACCCGCACCUGGCCGCCCACGCUCCCUACCUGAUGUUCCCCCCGCCGCCCUUCGGACUCCCCAUCGCCUCUUUAGCCGAAUCCGCCUCCGCCGCUGCGGUGGUGGCCGCUGCUGCCAAGAGCAACAGCAAAAACUCCAGCAUCGCCGACCUGCGACUCAAGGCCAGGAAACAUGCCGAGGCGCUGGGGCUCUGACACUGUCCACCGUGCUGUGUGCGUGUGUGUGUGUGGCCAGGACUCCUUCUCCGCUCCCUCUUGCCCUCCGCACCACCCCAGCGUGAUUCUGCGGGCCCCAGGCCCGCGGGGGAACAGGGGGCGCCGGCUUUUGGAAGGCCUGCAAGUAUUUUAAAGACGAUCACAACAGCUCCCUCCAGUCCCUAGUUCCGCUGUUUGGCUUCCCUCUCUCCUCCCUUCGCGCUCAAAGCCUGCGCAUCCAACCCGGUUCAUCUGAAGACUGAGGGGGCCCAGUUGCCUGUCCUUUUUGAUUUUCCAGGCAUCUAGCGCCCCACAGUUAAACCUGCUCCCCCAGAUGCAAUGGUAGGGUGAGACCAUCUCGGACCUGACUUAAGUCAUCCGAUUAAACACAUACACACACGCACACACACAAAAGUAAAGACUUUCCGGAGGAUAAAGUAGGCGGGGAACUAAAUCUUUAAAUUAUGCUAAUCUGUGAACAGUGGGACAUUUGGAUUUUGACCCUGGCAAAAGUGAUCGCAUCAGCGUGAGGUCAUCGGCUGCAGUCAGUCCUGCGACCAUGUCCAUGUGUCUAACUCAACACGUUUUCAAGAUCGUAACAUCUAUUAAAACAAAACAAACAAAAACAUAAAAAAGAUCCUUGGGGCUGGUCUCCAUUAAAGAUGACAUUUCUUUGUUGCCAACAGUAUUAUUUUCACUGCCAUGAAUAUCUUCCAUCGCUGAGGAGCUGCUGCUGAAGAACUGGUUUGAAUUUAAAUGUGGAAUUUCAGAUUUGAGGCAAGGCAGGUUUUUUUUUUCCAGAAAAAAAAAGCAGCAAUAACAACAACAAAAAAAAGUGUGUCUCAAAUGGCUAAAAGUCUUUUGGAAGGAAGAAAAAAAACGAGACAGACUAGAAUUUACUAACCAUUAGUGGUGACUUGAAUGAUGGGAACAAUAUGAAUGCACCUGUUUUACCCAGAAUCACCAGAAUUAGCUGAGAUGCAUUGUGCCAUAGGAGCAGGUUGACUUCCUGAUUUUUAGUCCCUAAUGUCUGGAUCUUUGAAUUGAAAUCUUGCUAUUUUACAGGAUAUAGAAAGAAUGACUCACACAACAAAGAUGGACAUGUGGUUUUAAGGCAUAAUACUGAUGCAGCAUUACUUUUAGUGAAAUGCAAUUAAGUGCAGUAAAGUGCAAUACUGUAAAUAUUAUAGAUUAAAAAAUAGCCGUACAUUCUUAUUCUGUUAAUAACCAGUUCUGCAAGAACCAUAACUUAAGUCCUUUAUGCUCAGACUGGGUACAUUGCAGUUUAGUGCCAAAAUGACAGUCCGGGUCUUCUAGGAAUGGAUAAAAAUAUAUGUAUCACAUAUGGAAAAAGAUAGAUACUAUGAUUUCUAGUCAAGUUAAUGUGCCAUAUUUCUGGGAAGUAAGAUGAAAAGCCUGUAUGACAUUUUUGCAAUCAUUUUAAGUAAAACAAAACAAAAAAAGUAAAUGUUUUGUGGGGGUGGACAAGUUCAGUGUUUGCCAAUUUUUCUUUUUUCCAGUUACGGAGACACCAAAUACAAACUUGUCUAAGCAGCAUACCUAGUCUAAAUGGGGGAAACUCCCUUGAAAUUAUAUUACCAAAGUGUCUGGGUUUACUAACCCCCAUGUUUUUAUUUGUUAUGUAAUUCUCUCCUAAUCAAUUUAUUAUGUUGUGGGUUUGUUUGUGAGAACAAAUACUGCUCUUGUCUACUUCUAACAAGAUAGCUCAAUUUUUUGCCUUUGUUAUCAAGGCCUGCAUUCAUGAAAGCUUAUCCUCUCAAUAGUACUGCCAGUAAGCCUGUUUUUUCUUUCUCAAGUGUAUUUAUCAUCUAGUAAUCCAUUACUAAUUUUGGCUUUUGCUGAUAUUUAUCAAAUCCAAAUAUUUCCAUAGGGCAAAAAGUAAUGCAUUAGAUCUUUUCAGUUUUAGACAUUUGCAUUUCCCCCCCAAUUUUGAUACUUUAUGACAAGCAGAUUUUCUGAAACGUCAGAGUGCUGCCAUUUUCCACCUAUUAUUAUGUGAAAAGUGUUAUAUUUUGGACAUGUUAGAGUUUAUAAAUUUUACCUGUCUUUGCUACCUCUUUGUGAAAGCCUAAUAUCUCUUUAAACCAAGGCCAUAAUGCUAAUAUAACAUUAACCAUUGCAAAGGGACAUGGGGAAUAAACCCAGACAAUUAGCAAGGUUGGA